UUUGCCAAAGACCAACUUCUCCUUCACAAUACCAACUCUCUUAACAUAACGUCUCCCACUUGACACAUUCUCUGUUCUCAUAUCUUCUCUCUUUCCCCAACCCAAACCGGAAGCUAAUCUUUGCUUAACCCCCCCAGUUGAUUUGUUCACCAAAACAACAAAUUACAAACCACAGUUGGCCACCCUCCUCCUCUCUCUCUCUCUCUCUCUCUCUCUCUCUCUCUCUCUAAUUCCCAUCUCUUUUUCUACACCAUGAACAAGUAGAGACCAAACCAUGUUGAACCAGCUGAGAAAAACAUGAGCCCCAACACUCAAACUUCUACUACUACAACUCACCGUUUCAGUUGGUCUCUUCUUUUUCUUCUUCUCCUUCUUAAACUCCGCAACUGUUUUGCUCUUAACUCAGAUGGGAUUUUCUUGCUGUCCUUCAAGUACUCAAUCCUAAGCGACCCACUUUCCGCCUUGGAAAACUGGAACUACAAUGACGCAACUCCUUGCUCAUGGAACGGCGUCACGUGCUCGGAGCUGGGUUUCCCGGGAACACACAACAUGUUCAGAGUCACCAGCUUGGUCCUCCCCAACUCCCAACUUCUCGGCUCGAUCUCCCCCGACCUCGGCAAGAUCGAACACCUUCGCCACCUCGAUCUCUCCAACAACUUCUUCAAUGGCUCCUUGCCACUCUCCAUCUUCAACGCCUCCGAGCUUCAGGUCCUCUCUCUCUCCAACAAUGUCAUCUCCGGUCAGCUUCCUGAAUCCGUUUCCGGCCUCGGAAGUCUUCAGUUGCUGAAUCUCUCCGACAAUGCUUUCGCCGGGAAGGUCCCGGAGAAUCUGAUCACUUCCUUGAAAAAUUUGACGGUUUUGAGUCUCAGGAGUAACUAUUUUUCCGGUGACGUUCCUUUCGGGUUUAAUACUAGUAUUGAAGUGUUGGAUCUGUCUUCUAAUUUGCUCAACGGGUCUCUGCCUCCGGAUUUUGGUGGUGAGAGUUUGAGGUACUUGAACCUGUCAUACAACAAGAUUUCCGGUAAAAUACCGUUGGAAUUUGCGCGGAAAAUUCCACAGAACGCGACCAUUGAUCUCUCCUUCAACAACCUCACCGGAGCGAUACCGGAAUCAGGAUCUCUUCUCACCCAGAAUAAAGAGCUUUUCUCGGGAAACUCCGGUUUAUGCGGGAAGCCAUUGAAGAACCUCUGCACAAUCCCUUCCUCUCUCUCAACACCACCAAACGUCUCAGCCACUUCGCCGGCGAUCGCAGCCAUUCCGAGAACAAUCGACUCGAACCCUUCGGCGAACUCGACCGCUCAGAGCCAACCCCAGUCGGGGCUGAAACCGGGGACAAUCGCCGGAAUCGCCAUUGCCGACCUCGCCGGGAUAGCAAUUCUCGCGAUGGUGAUUCUCUAUGUCUACCAACUGAGAAAGAAGAAAGCGAACAUCGACCCGGAAAAGAGUCCGGAGAAAGAAGACGACCCGAAGAAGUGGUCUUGCUUGUUGGGGACCAAAGGAGGAGGAGAUACGUCGGAGGGGACGAGCUCCGACAGCGACAGGGAAGAGAGAAACAGUGAGGAGACGAGUAGUGGAAUUAAAAAGGGAAUGCUUGUGACGGUGAACGGGGAGAGGCCGGAGCUUGAGCUGGAGAGCUUGUUGAAGGCGUCGGCGUACGUGUUGGGAGCGAGCGGGGAGAGCAUUGUGUACAAGGCGUUGCUGGAGGACGGGACGGCCAUGGCAGUGAGGAGAAUAGGGAAGAGCCAGGGGGAGAAGAUGAGGGACUUCGAGAGCCAUGUGAGGUCUGUUGCGAAGCUCAGACAUCCGAAUUUGGUGAGGGUUAGGGGGUUCUACUGGGGAGAGGAUGAGAAGCUUGUCGUCUGUGAUUAUGUCUCCAAUGGUAGUCUCGCCGGCACCGGAAGCACUUCAGGAAGAGCAGGCUCGUCACCGUUGCAUCAACCUCUGGAAGUCCGCCUGAAGAUAGCAAGAGGUAUUGCCAAGGGACUAGCCUACAUCCACGAGAAGAAGCACGUGCAUGGCAAUAUCAAACCAAGCAACAUUCUCUUAAACUCUGAUAUGGAGCCCAUAAUCAGUGAUUUAGGCCUCGACCGGCUUGUCUCCGGCAAUCCCAUUAUUAGCCACAAAGAAAGCGGUUCAUCUCGUUAUUUUGGAAGCCUAAAAUCCACAGCCGCCGUCACCCGUGAUAGCCAACAAGAUGUCCCGAUUAUCAGCAGCCCCGUCACAUCCUCCACAUCUGCCAUAUCUCCUUACCAAGCGCCGGAGUCGCUUAAGAACCUGAAGCCAAACCCUAAGUGGGAUGUGUUUUCUUUUGGUAUAAUUUUGCUUGAGCUUCUAACCGGUAGGGUUUUCUCGGACCGGGAACUAGGGUUGUGGACCGCCGGUUUGGUGGCUGAGGACAAGAACCGGGUUUUGAGACUGGUUGACGUGGUGAUUCGGGCUGAGGUGGAGAGCAGGGAGGAUGCCUUGCUGGCAUGUUUGAAGUUAGGGUUUAGUUGUGCCUCUUUUGUCCCACAAAAAAGACCAACCAUGAAAGAAGCUCUCCAAGUGCUAGACAAGAUUCCGUCCACUUCUUAACACUUAUAAUGGAUGUAUUUGGGUCCCACAAAAGUGUUUGUUAGACUAAAGCGUUCUCUUUUUGUUCAUCUUUAAUUGACUUGGACGUUGCAUAAAAAGCAUAAGGAAUGUUGAUAAUCUAUGUGAGAAAGCGUUUGUAUGCUUGACUGAUCAACUAUAUAUAUAUAUAUAUAUAUGUCAUUUUUAUAAACAUGUU